ACACUCAUAUCAAAUUAACAAACACAAAAACCAAUUAACAAAAUUGUGUGAUAUAUAUCAUCAAUGGCUUCUUCUUAUUAUAAGGGCAUCAAUGUUGCAUCAUAUGUAGUAGCCUCAAUGUUAUGCUUCAAUCUACUGUCAUUGACUAAGGUGAGUUCCAACUAUGUCAUUCCUACAAUUCCAAUACCUAUUGAAAAGGGUACAUGCCCUAUAGAUGCCCUUAAGUUAGGGGUGUGUGCCAAUGUGUUGAACUUGGCUAAGGUCAAAUUAGGGUCACCACCAACCCUACCAUGUUGCAAUCUCAUUAAGGGUUUGGCUGAUCUUGAAGCUGCUGCUUGCCUUUGCACUGCCCUCAAAGCCAAUGUCCUUGGACUCAACCUUGAUGUUCCUCUUUCCUUGAGCCUUAUUCUCAACAAUUGUGGAAUUAACAACAGUGCUUUCAAGUGUAAUUAAUAAGUAUUAAACUCAUCAUUGUUGUUUAAUUAAUUUGUUAUAUAAUGUUCUUAUAUAUAUCUAGUAUAUCUGGUAUUUGUUUGGUCA